AUGACGAAUGUUCUUAACGAGAAAGCCCUGAAGGAUGCCGGUAUCGAGUUUUAUGGAGAGGUCGCGGAUCUCGAGUUAUUGCAAAAGGAAUGCCCUCAAGCCAGGAUACUCGUCCAGUAUCUUCUGGACUUUAAACAUAUCAUUUCCUACGAGCGCUGGAGAGAGAUACGCGAGUUGGAACGGAAACAAAAACAGUUCCAUGCAACAACGCCGGGCUGCAUCCGCAUCCCCGACAAGCGGCCCCCUGAGAAACGUUCUGAAAUGCUCAAAGACUACCGCAAGCACUACGACAUCGAACGAUGUGAGGAAAACUUCAACUUGGCAUCGCAAAUCAAGGAAAAAGCAGACGGUGUCGAGUCAAAAGAAGAGAAGCGCUGGACUGAAAUUAUUGAGAAGCACGUUUUUGGGAGGCUGAUUGGCGAGGCCAGAGCUGCUGAAAGCAAAGUGACUAAACAGACUGCUAGGGGGGCGAUCAAUCGAUACAGAGCGGAGCUCGACCAUAACUGGACCUUUGGCCGUGAAGUUCUCCAGAGUUAUUGCAAUUCAAACGCUCCUAAGCUAACGGCACCAAAACCGGAUCUUUUCUUCAGUUUCCACGCAUACGAACACAGUGAAACAUACGGCGGGCCAUUGAGCACAGACGACUAUAUCCAGAACUUCAGUCUGACACGGCUGAGUAAGAUCUACGAGCAAUACGAGAGACUCGCCGAGUACAAUCUGGAUUGCGAAUUUGGCUUCAUACCCAGUCCAUGCAAAGAGUUUCAUUCCUUGAGUGCUUACAAGGACCUGACCUGUUUCCCAUGGGCUGUGUGCGAAUGGAAGCAUCACGGUCAUGUCAGCACCACUUACGAGAGGUAUUGUUAUUGCCAAGCAGCCAACGCUGCUGCUGUCUGUUUGACAUUGUUCGCCAACGCUGCUGCUGGAGGGCAGCAAACUCCGAUAUUAGACGAAAUACGUCCGGUCGUUUGCAUGCCGUUUGUCGGCCCUGAGACCAAAGUGUGGGUCGUCUAUAUCACAAUGAUUAGGAACGGCCGCUACAAAUAUCGAAUGCGUUGCAUAUGGGAAGGGAGCUUACAUAAUGUUGUGGACAACGUGAAGCUGUGCGUUAUCAUUGAAAACCUCCACUUCUGGGCCUUGAACCACUUGCGACCGUGGCUUUCUAGUUGUAUCGAUCAAUGGCGUCGGUCAAUUCGUAUGAUGACGAAAUUAGAGCAGCAGGAGAAGGAUAUAUCGGACAUGCGAAAGAGCUUUAGGUCUAGACGUGCGGCUACACUCGAUGACUUUUUGGCCUCGGAUAGUUCCGAUACUUCUGAAGAAGAUGAAGGGCAGAGUGAUGCGGAGAGUAGGGAGGAGAGUGGGGAGGAGAGUGGGGAGGACGAAGAAGGAAGUGAAGAGGACGAAGACGGGAGUGAAGAGGAUGACGAAAACUCUGAGUGGGACACUGAAGCUGAGGAUGAGGAAACCUUGUAUUAG